CGGCCUCAUUAAUGAGCUACAUUUGAAAAUCUACUCUGUAUUCAAUGUCAUAUUAUGUUAACCUUACUUUUUGUUAUUAAAAUGUCACAAUAUCACGCCUUCAUUAAAACGUACUGUUGAUUGUGAUUUUACCUAAUAAACUUAGAUUUCAAUAAUUCUCAGCACACUCCCUCGGUACAAAACUUACCCUCAAAUGAAAAGUAAACUGUUCCAUAUCUACAAAUCACCGCAAGACUUUCCUUAAUGUUUAUCACGCUCAUUCCGUAGAUUUUACGACACAUAAUAUGGUUAUUUUUACUUUCUGUCUUUUUAUUUUAAGAAUUUACUUAGUCAAGUCAGGAGACUUCAAUGAUCUCAUCCUCAUCGACCAGCCCGAGUUAUUGUCAAGAUUACCACUCAGCUGGUCCUGGGACCUUAUUCUUCAGAAUCCGUAUGAGGGUACAGUAGAAAUUUCUGAAUCUCCUGUAGACAAAUUCCAGAUACUUAUUAAUAUAACUGGUAGUCACUUAAGUGAUCAAGAAAGAUUGAAAUAUCGUCUAAGAAGUACAGAAGAUUCACUUUUUGUUGAACUGUAUCCACAGUUUUCAUCUCCAGCUCAUCGUAAUGAUGGUGAAGAAGAGAAAAUCUAUUUACAACUGUUAUGCGUUACAAUUAUAUCCCUUGUUCUAGUUGUAUUUGUUGUUUCUAUUAUAUUUUCUUGUUGGUGGACUAAAAGUUAUAAAAUACCAAUUGAUUUAGGUAUUACAGAUGCUGUUUACUAUAUUUCUUUGAAACAUGAGGAUGGUUUAGUAGACGGAGAGAAGAAAGAUUCAAGGAAGAAAUCAGCUGAAUCUGCAUCAAACGUCAAUGUAGCUAAUAUAUCUACAAAUUCUGGAAAUCAGUGCGAAUUGAUUGAAUUAAUAUCAACUCCACAUUCAAGAUCUGAAAAUAACAAUCAAACAAAAGCACAUGUUUACGUCUCACCGACUGUAGCGUAUGCCACUGUUUCUAUUGGAAACAAUCCACAAUUAAACGUUUCAGCACUAACGACUAUUCUACCGGCAAACUAUCCAUUACCACGUUAUGUUGUGGCAGCUGGUGAAAUGAGGAAUACUGGAAACAAUAACAAUAAUGUGACUUCGGAUUUAGAUCGAUUACCAGAUGGGACAAUUAUUGGCACACCAAUAUUAUUAUCAGCUAAUUCUUCGAAUGGCGUUAUCGCAGGUCUUCUUCCAGAUUCUAGCAGUGGGAAUAUAAAUCCAUCCGUUACCUAUGUGAAAUUAGCUAAACCAUUCGUCGUAAGCUGUGAACAAAAAGUUGCGUUAGAUGGAUUACAUAUUAAAGAAGAUCAUCCGCUUGUUAUGGGAUCUGUUCAAAAUGUGGAUACUUCCAGUACACCAAAAACUCUAGCUACAAGUUCUUUGCGCUUGAGAACACUUCCUUCAAGACGUCAUGUUGCUAAGGAAUUUCUCGAUGAGUCUGUCCUAGCUACAAUGUCACGUUCAAGAACUCCUCUGAAUAAUAAGAUUGGUGUAAAUCAAAUUACCCAAGUUCAUAGUGAAGCGGUAAUGACUACAGCGCAUACUUUACCUAGUGGUGCAUUAGUAUCUUUAAAUCCAUCAGUUCUGUUAAUUCGAACAAGUCAACCAGUUAAAACUAUUAAUGAGGAAUGUGAAGGCGGUAUGAAUGAAAGUAACCAAUUCAAUGUUGUAACAACACUCCCUGAAUUAUUGUCUGGUAAAUCUGUUGGGACAAUGUCUACUGGAAUUGCCAGUGGAGUUCCCCUGUAUGUCAGUAAUUCUAUGUCGGGUGCUUCGGGAGAAUUAAUGACAACUUCAAGUAUCGGUUAUAUGCCAUCGUUUUCAAUUCCAUCAAGUGUAAUUCCUGUGUCGUGCGAUUCUCAUCAAAUCCUUAAUCAUUAUAUACCUGGUCAUGGUUCAGAUGAAACAAGCGGUAUUCUUUCAGACUCUGAAGGUAGUACAAGCUUUACAGCUGGAGCUCAAACAAACGCAUUUUUUCUAUCACAUCCAUUUUAUCCGGCUUCUGGUAGUUCUGAUGUGCAAGUUAUACAACCGGUAAUUAGUAGUAGUGGUAUCAUUCCUAAAUCAACAAGCUCCACAUUUUUAAAGUCGCUGACCUCACAAAUUACAAAUCCAUCUGUAUCAACUAUUCUUCCAUUAACUGUUCUAACUGAAAGAUCCAAUUCAAAUGGUGCGACUUAUAUGUCUACUGAUUUGAUUGCUGAAAUGGCAUCUUGUCCACAACAUAGUUAUUUAUUUAGGCAGUCCACUUCUUCUGCUCAAGAGACUGCUGUUUCUUUUAACACAGUUUCUGUGGGGACUACAUUACCGACAUGUGAAGUCACAGCUAUUUCAAUAGUUACAACAUCGACCACAACCAGCCGACCAAUUACCAGCUGUACAACUAGUUUAGCUGUUGAAAGCAGCACAACCAGUUCAGUACAAACAAUUGUUGGAGCUGAUGAAUUAAUUGCUUCAUCUAACGAAUCAAGCAUUAAAUCAAAUACAGGAAAAAAAUCAGGACAUGUUUCAAAAGACAAUCUGGAAAAAUUGUGUGAUGAUGGUGAUAAACGAUAUUUAAGCAAAGAGCAUCCCUCAACAAGUCAAAAGUUUUGUCCUAAUCCACCAAAACGAAGUGUAAGCCUGACAAGUAAACAGUCUCAAAGAAGUGCCAACAAAUCUGAUGAUCUCCCAGACGGAACAGAAACUGACGAAGUAGUCGAUAUCGAACCAAAUGAAUACUUUGACUCAACUUCAGUUAAAUCGAUCAAAUCAAACCAAAUGGAUUUAAUUACAGAUAUUACUCAAACUAUCCAAGAAUUGAACAAUGAAACCGCUAACACACAUAAAUCAUAUGAUAAAGUUCAUUCUGCAACACUUGGACGUCUUCCUUCAUCAUCUUCAAAAUUAGAGUUAAAAUCAUUAUUACCUGGUUCAUCUGUAACACUACCAGCAAAUUCAUCAACCACAUCGAAUAAUCCACGUUCUGCUUUAAAAAGUUCUGAUAAAACUGGUCCGAAAGUUAAUAAACAUUUGCGCUUCACUACUCUGACAAUUAUUGCAUUACUAUUGAUGUUAGCCAUUGUUAUCGCGAGUCCAGAUGGUAUUGGAUCACUGAAUGAUGCUAAAUCUAUGACUGAAACGUCUAUUGUCUUCCAAUCAAAUGAUCAACCAGUCAAAAUGGUCAGAUACAAUGUGAUUAAGGCAAAUAUCUAUCGAUCUACUGCUAAUACUGCUUCUACCAGUACUGGCUCUUCAAGCAUGGUGCUUGAAAGUUCUAACAAGGAGUCUAAAACCCAAUUAAAGAAUAGUCCACUAAAAACAAAUGAAAAUAAUUUAGAAUCUACUUCAACAACUCAGUUUGUACACGUAACAAUUUGGUUACCGAAAAAGAUGAUACCGACUGGUGAACCGAAUCAAGAUGAAUCUUCUAAUUGGAACAAAAAUAACAAACAACCUAAUUUGACUCCUCAAACUAUACAAUUAUGGUUGAAUCAAUCUAGUGGGACGGAAGUUCGUAUAGCUGAACCCAUUAAACGCAGUUCAAUUCAUAUAUAUGAUGUGGUUGAUACUCGGCAUAUACUUGGUACACGAGUCUGUCGUCAACGGUAUGCUUGUGAACAUUCUUGUGAUCCAGGUGCUGGACAUUCAUGCAUUUGUCAACGUGGUUAUCGUUUGGCCGGACCAAAAGAUCGAGCACGUUUAGCAUCGAUUGGGGAUCGUAUCGGUAAUAUGGCAUUGGAGAAUGUGCAAGGUCGAAUAUGUUUAGAUAUUGAUGAAUGUGAUAAACCUUCUUUACGUCGAGAAUGUGCACGUUUAGGAGGGGUAUGUACAAAUCGUCCUGGAGAUUAUGCUUGCUUGUGUCCAUCUGGUCAACCAUGUAUUGCUUGUGAUACUAAUUGUCCUAAAGGUUAUUGGAUGUCUGGUAUUUGUGGAAGGAAUCAAUCAGUUGAAUGUAAACGCUGUUCAACUUCCUGCCCACCUGGGAUGUAUGAGUAUAAACCGUGUACGCAACAUUCUGACAGGGUAUGCCGAGCCUGUCGUCCACUUUGCAUUUCUGAAGAAUUUGAAUUGUCUCCUUGUAAAGGAUCAAGUAAUCGUAUAUGUAAACGUAAAGAUCUCAUACCUGAAUUAGUUGUUCCGUAUAAGAAAAAUGUUUGGUUUGAAAAUCGUAAAAAAGUGCAAGAGGCUACAGUCACAUUACAUCCAGAUGAUGUUGGACGUUUACCAUUGAAUAAAUCUAUAAUCAUAGAUCGUGGAUCUGGUUAUCAGGUUCGUUUAGAUUUUGAUAUACUCAAUUUAAUGCCAGUUCUGGGUCCAGUCGAUCAUUCAUCAAGUAAUGAUAACCAUCUGUUUUUAUCAGCUGCAUCAUUAAUGGAUCAAUCAUUGUUGGAACCAGAUUCUUAUAGAUGGUCUUCUGCUACUGGUCAAUAUCAUACAGUUCAUGCUUAUUCAUUGAAAGCAAAUAAUACCUUAUCUAAAUUAUGUCCAUAUCCAGUUCCACCGUUAUAUCGUUUAGGAAUGCGUGUUUAUCGGAAUGUUACCACUGCAACAGUACCCGAUGCAAGUCUACCUGGACAUCGGCCGGUAUUAGCCAGUUGUAGAACAUAUAAGCAACAUGGAUAUUUUCCACCAUUAGAGUUAGAUGGAUUUCAGUCGGAAUCAGAACAUUAUACUCAGUCAUUUAGUUCAGAGUCUAAAAGUAUUUAUGAUCAGCCUAAAACUGGUACGAAUGGAAAUCCGACCCCGGCUGUUGUUGCUUGUUUAGAACCUGGUCGAUUACCAUCAAUAUUUGGAUCACAUUGGAAUGCUGAACUUGCAUCACCACGUUCUAUUUAUUAUGAAGAGAAGCAACUUUGUGGACAACUUAAACUAGACUGUCAACAUUGUUUGGCAUCGUGUGCUGAAGAACUGAAAGCUAGUUCGUUAACUUGUAAACCAACAUCAGGAGCUGCAGAUAAUGGACGUUCACCGCGUUUAGAAACAUGCUUUGAUUGUUGUGCACGAGAUAAUUGCACUGAUGUAUGUGAUAAAUAUCCUGCACACCGUUGUCACGUUCAACUUUGUAGUCAUGGUUUACGACUGGAUUUCUCACUUAUUCCAGAAUGGCCUAAACAAGGUGAAUUUUUAUGUCAUGUUCAGCCAGCUCCAAGUAGACCGAUUUAUCGUCUUCAGUGGACUUUAUUAUAUCAAGGUAGACCACUUACACCAGAUCGAUUUCCGGCAUCACUUGUACUACCAUUAAGUUCAAUAACAAAUGAGAAUUCUGAUAAAAAUGGAGUUAAUUCAAACAUAAAUGGAUGGAAUUUAGCAGAUGGAUUAAUUGGUACUAGUGGUAGUACUAUAACACAAACCUACAGAAGUUUGUUGAAUAUUCAGUAUACAUCAGGACUGGAGCAUUUACCUGAUGUAAUUGGUGGUACUGAUACAAUGCAGAGCGCGUAUUUUUGGAGUAAACAGACUAUACCGUUAGUUAGUGGGAGCGGAACAGGUAUUACGUAUGACUCAAUAACAUCACAUUCCUCACCAAGUCCAUCACCAUCAGAUCGAUUUUAUUCAAAUGCAAUGUUAUACACACCAUCAGGAGUAUCAAAUGAAAUUGCCGGUAUACAAGUAUGGCCUUCACAGCCAUUAAAAGUGAGUACAUCCGCUUGGACGCGUUUAAGUGGUGCACCUUGUGCAACAGCUGAACCGUUAAUUGAACAACUGAAUAUUUAUACUCCGGCAUUGCCACCGUAUAUAGCGAUGGGUGAAGUAAAGGUUGAAUAUCUGGGCAAUUACAUGUAUGCUGUUUCCCACUCAAGAAUUAAACCAAAACUGAGCUUCAGUUUACCUAAAUCAACAUCGUUACUUGGUGCAGUAUUUUAUCCAGCCUCUGUAGAACGUGGUCAUUAUCUUCGAGCUAGUCUGGCUUUGGCAUGGUUAACCGAUUCUGAAAUAAGACAUAAUGAUAUUCUCACAGACAGUCAAAAGUCUGCUACGAAAGUGAAAGAUUCUGAGUCAUCAUCAACAUCCACAGCAUCAUUAAAGAAACAGAGAUUUUGGGUCAUUGAUCUAACCGGACAAGUUGAUCAGUUCCCUGGUUUAUUUCGUCUUCUCGUUUAUCCAGAUAAUGUAGACGAUGAUAAUGAUGAUGGACGAAAUGAUAAUAUAAAUGCUAGUAAUUCCAAUUAUUUAACACGAAAUCGUCAAAAUACCCAAUCACAAGCCUCGUCCCCUGACGCUAUCGUUGAGAUCGAAGAUAAUGCCAGUGACGAUAUUGAUGUUGACAACUUAAAUACUGGACUUGAUUUAAACGGCAAGAUAUCUGAGGAGGAACCAUUAUUGGACUACGAUGUUGGAGUUUUCGAAGAACGUAAAUUCCAGGUUCGAAUAUUAAUACCUGGUCCAACUAUUGAACCAGAUUAUGAGAAAUCUUUCCGUUUGGUUAUUCUGGAUGCUAGCAAUCGUUUAGAUAUUCGAGUUAAACGAGCUAUUCAACCGCCAGAUGAAAUGGCUUUACGAAAGACUUACGGGCAAUUAUCUGAUGGUGAUGGUCGACCAACUUUAGUUGAUCUAUUACCAAGUUUAGCUGCACGUCAACAGGCAAUACAGGAUAGUCUAUCAAAAAGAACUUCAUUAAAAGAUGAUUACAAAAAUGAAAAUUCAGAUGAAUACAGAUUAGCUAAGCGAAAUAUUAAUUCAGAACCAAAAGAUCAGUCAUCAUCAUCAUAUCUAACCAAGAAUACGUUUGGACCAUCAUCCGCACUUGUCUAUUCAGUAAUUGGUAUACUUCUAUUACUUUCAAUCAUAUUAUUUAUUGGAUUUGUCACCGAACCUGAUCCUACUAUGGCUUGGGUUAGAUUGGGUCCAAUUGAUAGUCAAUCAAAUUUAGACGGCGAUCGUGUAGCUCUAGUCUCUAAUCCAAUUCGUCAUCAUUAUAACAGUUGUAUAUCACGUUGGUUUCGUGUAUUCCUGCUUAUGGGUUACUUGUGUUUGAAAUCGGCUUAUACAUUUGGAGUGACGCUAACAGCCUUAGCAAUUAUUAUUCGUUAUAUGACAUGUGAAUAUGCUAAUAAAUUAGGUAAUUUGCCUGAAUGGAAUAGUUUAAAUGAUCAAUCUGGUCAAAUAAUGGGUACAAGUUUGACAAGACAAAAAUUAUUACAAGAUGCUAUGGAUGUUCAUUUGAAAAACGAAUUAAUUAGACAGCAAACAGAAGUCAAACGGUUGCGCACUAUCUGUGAUCGUAGUGUUGAAGCUAUGUUUGAACAAAUGAAUAAACGUUUAGAUUCUAUAUCAAGUUUAUCAGCAUCGAGACGUAGUCGAGUACUUCUAUCUCAAGCAGUAGCUGAAUUAGCACGAGCUACUGCUACAGCAUCUGCUUUACAAUUAGCUGAAGGUUUAAUUGCAUUUAAUGAAACUGCUGAAUGGGCUAUGAAUCGUCUUCAAGCAGAUUUAGUCGAAACUGAAAGAGCAUUAGGAAAUUCAGAUUGGCUUACAGGUGCUCGUAUUAUCUACUCCGAAGUAGUUCGUCUACGAGCACUUACACCAGAUCCAAAUGAUCCAACACGUUCAUUUUUAGCAUGGACUAAAUUAAUUUCAGCAGAAACUAAUUUCAAUAACAUUAAAGGACCCCAACUUUCAUUACCUGUUAAUUUACCAUCAUUAGAACCGGAACAAUUUGUUAUACCAACACCUACAAUAAAACGCAGUCAAGCGACUCAUGGAAAAUUAUCUAGUUCCGACGAACCGGAAUAUGGACCAGUUUAUGUUCCAUUUGUAUCUCAAUUGUUAGAUGUUGAGACAAGUGGGGAAUUCUGGUCACCUUAUCAUGUUGAAAAUUCCUUAUCAGAUGUAGGUGGAGUCAAUAAUUUAUCAGAUAAAUCAAGAAAUAACGACAUGAACUCACUGAAAACAAAAGAUUCAAAUGAAACUACCUAUACCGCCACUGCUAUCACUGCCAGUAAUGAUGAUGAUAGGGAUAGUGGUGAUUCAUCAAAAUCGACCAAUGAAGGGAAUUGGAUAUUUUCAGAUUUUGAUUUAAAUUGGGUGCAUAUUCUAGGCGUGGCUUUAUUUUUGGAUGCAUUAUGGCUUAUUCACAGAGUACUACACACUGUAGAUACUGCUGAACGUAUAUUAUACGGUGAUGUUGUAUUCAUUGACCUUACUGAAGAAGGUCUUAGACGUCGAAUGAAAGAAACAAACAAACUACAAAAAGGGUUUAAACAUGCGUUUCAAACAAUUAUGCAGCCUAGUACAAUCCGAAAAUUAUGUGCAAGUGUCAUUGCACUUUUGAUUGUAACUCAAGCUUCUGCACAUUUAGACAGACUAUUAUCACAAGAGAUGUUAGACUAUAUUGGAUACUAUGAUAAUUUGGUUCUUCCUGUUCAUUUACAUGCUCGUCUUGUAAAUGUCCAUGUGACACGUUCAGCUCAACGUUUGAAUCAAUAUGAAUUAACAAGUUUAGAAUCAGAAGUUAGUCGUCGAUCAAGAGAAACACAAUUUUUACUGCAUCAAUGGACUCUUUGGUUAAAUGAUGUUGAGCAAGAACAAUGUCGUUUACUACUGGCAUAUAAAGCUGCUGCUCAAAAUUUACGAACUAAAAUGUUAGCACAAUUAAAUCGUAACUCAGCAUUAGCUAAAUUAAAUCUUCCUAUUCAUAUGAUAAAUAAAGAAAAACAACCAUCAACUUCUGAUUGGAAUCAUCAUUCUUCAUAUACACUCGAUGAUAUUAAAAGACAUAAUGAAUAUUCAGUUGCAGAUGCUAUAGUACCAAAACACUGUCGUAUGACACAAUCUGAACGUGAUAUAGAAUUAGCGGAAGCUCGUCGACUCGAUAUACCUUACUGUCCAUUGAAACCGAUUGUUCCAAAAUUGUUUAAAGAUUAUAAUGCUUCAUUAUAUUUUACUGAAGUUGUAUUACAAUCAGAGAAUUGGUUAUCUACAGCACGCGACUAUUUAGGUCGUUUCUUAUUUUGUGUAUUUAUUUAUGUUAGUGCUAUUGUUUUAUGGAAUACAAUGGGUUCAGUCAUAUGGCUUAUUUUAAAUAGACUUAAUCUUUUACCACAAAAAGUAUUAUUCAAAUCCGAUGUUACUAGUUGGCAACCAAUUGAUGUACCACAACAAUUAUGAAUGUUGAAAAGAAAAAGGAAAACAUAGACUAAAACAGAAAAAAACAACAACGAUGAAAUCAUUUUAUUGUGAUUAUAUUUCCAUUUUCUUUGGUCAUAUUCACUUUUAUCAUAACAUGACUCUAUCCAUUCUUUUUUCAUAUAAUCAAUGAUUGAAACUUGUUAUCAAUCUAGGUGAUCAUUAUUUAAAUACCAAAAAAAAAAAUUCAAUAUAAUAAAUGAACCGGUUAGUCGAUACUAAUUGUUUUGUUCUAUGAAUUGUAACCAAAAUUAAACCUUUUGCUUUUUUUUGUUGUAAUCAAAGUUUCCAUGGAUUUAUUUGAAACGUGAUUUCCUCUUUAUUUCCAUUUGUAUACAAAAAAUGUCACUGAUUUGUGUUGAAUUUUCUAGUUACCCAGUGCUCUCUUUCUGUUAUACUAAUCUGUUAAUUUGUAUUGAGUUAACUUAAUCAUAAUCAAUUUAUUUUUAGCAGUUGGCUUUCCGCCAAUGAUAAAUAUUUUUCAAGAAAUAGAAUAAACAAAUGGGGCAUUUAUAUGUUCUCAUUUUUUUUCUACCAUAUUUAAAAAUUACUGUGUAUGACAAUCAAUGUUAAAAAUUAGUCUGGUAUGUUUUCUUCAAAAUCUAAAUGAUUUGUGUGUAUGCCAAUCGUUUUUUUAUUUAAACAAAGAAAUGUUAAUCGACUUUGGCUUUUGCACAAAAAAUAUGCUGUUUUGUUA